AUGUCUUCUUGGCCAGUGAGCUGUGCUGAUAGCUUCCCUCAUGGUGAAGACAUUCCCCUACGCUAUGCUCUCCCGGCCGCCGCAGCCACGGCGGCAUAUCUCAACGCACGAUGGUCCCUCUCCUACGAUCUCGGUCUUAUCAAGUCUCUCCUAAAGAUGACCCUCAAAUCACGCCAUGCCGAACGAGGUGACAAACUGAACCUCUUCUAUGCCCUCGAGAACGCUGCACUUUCUCCCGCGACCGCCGACCAGGAAUUCAUUGUAUACGACGGCAAGGCGUGGACAUUCCAUGAAACAUAUCUCAUGGCCCUUCGCUACGGUGCCUGGUUCAAGAAGGUCCAGGGGGUUCGUCGGAAAGAUAUUGUAGCAAUGGACUUUAUGAAUUCCUCGACUUUCCUGUUCAUGGUCCUUGGCCUCUGGAGCAUUGGCGCGGUCCCCGCUUUCAUCAACUAUAACUUGGCUGGCAAGCCACUUACCCACUCCGUGCGGACCUCCACCGCGAAACUUCUGAUCGUGGACGAGGAAGUUCGCAACUGCUUCCCUCCGGAACAAUUGGAGACCUUUGCGUCUCCGAGUUUCCGCGAUGGAAAAGGUCCCGUGAAGGUGGUCUUCUUCACUCCCGAUGUCGAGUCUCAAAUUUUGGAUAUGGAGCCUUCUCGCGAAGAUGACAAGUUGCGCGGUGGUUUGAUUCCACGCGAUAUGGCGAUCUUGAUUUACACCAGUGGUACUACGGGUCUGCCCAAACCCGCUAUCGUCAGUUGGAAGAAGUGCUGGUCCGGUAGCUUAUUCGUCGGCGACUGGAUGCGCAUCGGCUCUUCAGAUCGUUUCUUCACCUGCAUGCCACUGUAUCACUCUUCUGCCGCGGUUUUGGGUUUCGUAACGUGUUUGAUGAACGGGUCAACGAUCAUUAUUGGACGCAAGUUCUCUGCUCGCAACUUCAUGAAGGAGGCUCGCGAAACCAAUGCAACCGUUAUCCAGUAUGUGGGCGAGACACUGCGUUACAUCUUGGGUGUGCCUCCCGAGGUCGAUGCCGUUACGGGCGAGGAUUUGGACAAGAAGCAUAAUAUUCGACUCGCCUUUGGCAACGGCCUGCGUCCGGAUAUCUGGAACCGCUUCAAGGAUCGCUUCAAUAUUCCUACGAUUGCCGAAUUCUACGCUGCUACCGAAGGUACCUCUGGUCAAUGGAACAUUUCGUCUAAUGACUUCUCCGCCGGUGCUAUCGGUCGCAAUGGUGCUCUGGGAAACAUCAUUCUUGGUCGUGGCUCGGCCAUUGUGGACGUGGACCACGAGACUCAGGAGCCGUGGCGUGACCCCAAGACUGGUUUGUGCAAGAAGGUUCCUCGCGGUGACCCGGGCGAGCUUCUCUUUGCUAUUGAUCCUGCGGAUCCCAGCGCUACUUUCCAGGGUUACUUCCAAAAUUCCAAGGCGACCGAGGGUAAGAUCAUUCGCGACGUGCUGAAGAAGGGCGACGCCUUCUUCCGCACGGGCGAUAUGGUUCGAUGGGAUACAGACGGCCGCUGGUUCUUCUCCGAUCGCAUUGGCGAUACUUACCGCUGGAAGAGCGAGAACGUGUCUACCAACGAGGUUUCCGAGGUACUCGGUGUCCAUCCGGACGUGCAUGAAGCCAACGUUUACGGCGUGGCCCUUCCCAACCACGACGGUCGUGCUGGAUGCGCUGCUAUCGUGUUCAACCAGCAGAUCGCCAUCGGAAACACAUCAGGUCCGGCUUUGGAGCCCUCAUCUGCGACGCUUCACAGCUUGGCAGUUCACACCCUGAAGAAUCUGCCGCGAUUCGCUGCGCCUCUCUUCAUCCGCGUGAUGCCCGAGAUGGUGUCCACUGGAAACAACAAGCAGCAGAAGCAUGUACUGCGCACGGAGGGAGUCGAUGUGUCACAGGUCUCUCAAAACGACCGCCUGUACUGGCUACAGGGUGAUACUUAUGUUCCCUUUGCGCAGAAGGACUGGGAUCGUUUGAACGGUGGUCAGGUUCGUCUGUAA